GGAUAACUCUAAUGACAUUGCAUUCGUUCUGCCAUGAGGUCACUGUCUACGUUCAAGUUUUCUUGAAGACGCCCGAAUGAUUGAGUUCAAAACAGAGUCAUGAAUGUAACAGGUUAGCUGUAGACCUUCAUUUAUUUAACGAGAAUGGAUUUAAUGGAGGCGUGGGUCACUGGCUUGGCCGGGGGUUGUGCGGGAUUGUCAGUAGAUGUUGCUUUGUUUCCAUUGGAUACGGUGAAGACACGCCUUCAGAGUGAGGUAGGAUUUGUCCAGGCCGGGGGAUUCCGCGGGAUUUACUCCGGACUGACGUCAGUAAUCACAGGAUCAAUACCUACUGCUGGUCUGUUUUUCUGUACCUAUGAAGGUGUGAAAAUUUUUGGCAGGAGAUACCUACGGGAGGACUUAGAGCCGGUUCUUCACAUGACAGCCGCCUCCGCAGGGGAAAUUACAGCAUGUUUGAUACGAGUUCCUGUGGAAGUGGUCAAACAAAGAGCUCAGGCGACUCGGUUCUCAUCCUCAGCAGUCCUUAGAGAGACAUUGAGGACAGAGGGUGUGAGAGGUUUAUACAGGGGGUACGUUAGUACGGUACUGAGGGAAAUCCCCUUCUCUUUCAUACAGUUCCCACUCUGGGAGUACUUUAAGAAAACCUGGUCUUCCAUACAAGGCAGUCCUGUGGACCCUUGGCAAUCCUCUAUAUGUGGGGCUACUUCUGGCUGUAUAGCAGCAGGGAUCACUACUCCACUUGAUGUUGCUAAAACUAGGAUCAUGUUGGCAGAGACUGGUUCUGCGCUGUCCACGGGAAGCAUAACCUUUGCCCUCAGGGCUGUGUAUAGGGAGAGUGGAACAAAGGGGCUAUUUGCCGGGGUGGUACCCAGGAUGCUGUGGAUAACACUAGGUGGUGCCAUUUUCCUAGGAGUGUAUGACAAAGCCAAGCUUGUUCUGUCCUCCAUUCUCAUAGAGCCAGGUUAAAACAUCGUGAAAUAUUUAGGAUAUAAACUCUUAAAAAAUUAUUUAGUGUAUAAUAACUUCACUGCAGUCUUGAAGUACAAAAUAUUACACUGCAAGUUGUUACGUUAUGCUAGAAUAAACUUAAGGUUUGUAUGUACAGUGUAUUAAACCAAUAUUUACUGUAAAUGAAAACACCUCUUUGCAGUGCCAAAAACAUAUGUACAGGUCCUUUCUUGGACUAAUGACUAGGCUUUUAUGAAAUAAAUGCCUCUUCAUGAGUGAUUAAAUUUUUUUACUGCGCAUUUAAAA